GGGCGUAGAAGAAGAAAAGUACCCCGCGUUUGUUUACAGUUUAUGUCCGACAGACUGAGCAGCCAGUACUUCAUGUCAUACUUGUGCACUUGGUGAGAUACAUGUUUUAGUCACGUAUAGCACGUUACCACUUUAACGUCACAGCUCAGACUUUGUAGCGUAACGAAAUUUGGUAGCAUUGGAUUGCCGCCAUAACGCUAGCUAACGUUAUCUGAUGCUAUCUACCGUUAAAGGUGUCUCGUCAUUGUUAACCACUGUCUUACCAGGCUAACUUAGGCUGCACACCUUCUAUUGGUCACUUUUACUUCUGGUAGCUGUUACUGGUACCAGGCUGUGGUUUCAUAUUAUUUUACCUGUUCAUUCACUGUGGCAGCUUUUAGACAAAGAGGGGAUGGAUACCGAUUACCAUUUUGAAACACUGCAUGGCAACGGCGAUCAUGACGGCGCUGAUGUCACCUCCUGGGUUUCAGUGUGUCCCAGAGGCCUCUGGAAAGUCCAGCAGAAGCAAACACACAAAGGGAGUCAGCAGACUAACUCUGGAGAUGAUGCAUCAUGUUCAUCCAGUUACUGUCCAAGGUUGGGUUCACUGUGUCAAGUCCGAGUGCGGCUCAAAGCCAACAUGGAUGAAGCAGACAGUUCAGUAUCUGAAAAGGGAAAUGAGCAGCUGUCAGCCCAACUGGAACAGUCAGCCACUGAGGUUGCAGAGGCUACAGCCUUCCCGAGGUGUCUGGACUCUGUGCUGCAGGUCCCACUGGGUGACUGGAUAACACUGAGGCUAGGUGACGGGCAGUGCGAUAUCACAGAAAGGUGCGUGGAGAGGAUGACAGCGGGAGAGAAAUGUGAGAUACUGAUUUCUCCAUCGGAACCAGAUGUGUCUGUUCCCCAUCCCACUGAGGAAAACCUGCCUUUAUGUGCCACAGUUGAACUCAAAGCUUUCACACCAGGCAAGGAAUCCUGGGAGGUGUGUCCUCGUGAUAAGUGGCAGUGGGUGAAGUCACACAAAGAGAGGGGUGGAGUGAGAUUCAGAGGCGGGGAUGUGUGGGGAGCAGCAGACCGCUACAGCCGCGCCCUCAAGCUUCUCAUCACUCUCCAUUACCACGUUAGAGAGGCGAUGCCAGAAGCGGAGGAGCAGACAGACACAGACACUGGUCACCUUCCUUCAACUAAUGAAUUCAGAACCACCAAAGCAGAGCUCCACUCAAAUCUGUCCCUGUGCCAGCUCAAACUGAGCCAGCCAGAGCGAGCUAAGGCUAGUGCGACUAAAGCUACUCAGCUGGAACCAGGCGGGGCUAAAGCCUGGUACCGACUGGGCCAAGCAUGUCAGAUGUUGAAUGAGCUGGAGGAGGCCAGGCAGGCGUUUAGGAAACUGUUGGAGAUACAGCCAGAAUCACCUGCUGCUUUGAAGGCCCUUAAAGACGUAGCAAGUAGAGAGAAGGAGAGAAAUGCACAGUUGGGACUUAGACUCAGCAAAAUGUUCAGCUGAGGAUGAAUUAUGGCAGUGUAUUAUCGAAUGUUACAUGUGAAACGGUAUGUUUCUUUCUCAAGAUUCACCACGAAAUGGAAGUGCACCUACAGCCACUGGGCUCAAGAGUACAGCCAUUAGGGUAUGGUCACACAUGAGCCAAACUAACACUGGCGAAUAUUCACCUCCUGCUCACUUCCAUUCAGUUCAAGGAUAAAACAUUUGCUUGUGGUGGCAUAGCAAAUUCACAUCUUCACAUCGCGUGGAACUUUGGUGAACUUUAUCCGGGAAAGUUGAAGCCUCAACCAACAGCAAAGAAGUAUGUGUGGAAGACACUGACUGUUGCCUACUGUUGCCACAUUGAGCUAGAAUACAGCCUUGGUUGGCAAAUGUCACUGGCCUGCAUUUGUUCAUGUGUAACUGUACCCUUAAUCUGUGACUGCACGAUAUUAUCCCAGCUCUUGUGAGUGAGAUGCCUGAAUGUAACUUCAAAGUAAAAAUUAGAUGUGAAAAACUUAUUUUGGUGUAAUUCAUAAAUUUAAACAGGAGUGAGGAGAGUGUGGGAUCAUGGUGGUAUUCUUUGUGUGCAUUAAAUGAACUUAGCUCUACAA